AUCCGUUGCGACCCGUCACGGUAUAACGGUGAACCGAUUACUUUUGUUCAUCUUCAAGGGCAGGAAAAUUUCGUUUGUUUUCCAUUGCCGAUCUCUGAAGCCAGAGGAGGGUUUUGUGAUUUUGGGGAAAAAAAAAAACCCAGUUCAAUUGCUCGACAUAUUACUGCUCUUCUUUGGCCAGAUGGAAAAUUCUAUAUCAGCUCUGGCUUAUAGUGGUUCUAUUUCUGGUGCAAUUGCUGAGGCCAAAAUGCAGAAGAAACUUUUUGUCGUGUACAUUUCAGGCGACAAUGUGGAGUCAACUCAUUUGCAAGAGUCAACAUGGAUGGAUUCAAAGGUGGCAGAGUCAAUAUCGAAGUACUGCAUUUUAUUGCACAUCACUGAAGGGAGUACUGAUGCAGAAAAUUUUUCAGCAAUAUAUCCACAGAAACCCGCACCUUGCAUAACAGCUAUUGGAUACAAUGGAGCUCAACUUUGGCAAAAUGAGGGCUUUGUUGGUGCUGAACUUCUGGCUUCCACUCUUGAGAAGGCAUGGUUGGGUCUUCAUAUCCAGGAAACUACUGCAACUUUCCUAAGUGCUGCCCUUGCGUCUAAUAAAUUGGAACCACUUCAUACCAACAGUUCUAAUACUGCUCAAUUUGAGGAAGGAAGUUCUUCAAGCUUGGAUGUUCCAUCACCUGAUGUUGACAAUCAUCCCCAAAUUUUUGAGGCUAGGGGAGUGGAUAGAUCAGAGAUGGAAAAUGAUGGGUCAGUUUCUGCCCUUGUUCCAGAAGUUGGUGAGGCAGUACUAUCCACAGGUUCAAUUACAAGAGCCAAAGAAGCACUUAAUAGUGUAGAAGUAAAGCAAAUUGACGAUGGAGUUGAUCGUCCUUGUUAUAGUUCUAGAUCUGUGGUUGAUCAUCAUUCAGAAGUUAUAGUUGAAGCCUCUCAAUUGAUCGCCAAUGAGGCAACUGAAGCUGUGCAAGAUAAAAAAGCCAAAGGUUUAAAGGAAGACGAAGUUGAAGUGGAAGUUAAAACUGGAACUUCUCAAGUGACUGCUUUCAAGUCAAAUGAAGCUGUACUAGAUGAAAAGGUGGAUGCUAUAAAGGAUUACAAAGUUGAAGUUCAAGAGUCUUUUUCGAGUCAGUCAACUGAUGUUCACUUGAAUAUCCGAUUGCUUGAUGGUGUUAGCCUACAAGAGAAAUUCCUUGUGACCAACACUUUGAGAAUGGUCAAAGAUUAUGUGGAUGAAAACCGAACAAGUGCCAUGGGCUCCUAUGAUCUUGCUAUUCCCUAUCCUCGCAAGGUUUUCAAUGAGCAAGAUUUGAAUAAAACAUUGUCAGAGUUGGGUUUGUUUGGCAGACAUGCAUUGAUCGUGGUUCCACGUAACCGAUCAACUGUUUACCCUAGAGCAGGAUCGUCAUCCCCUAACCAAACAAAUUCCGCCACUGGUCUUGAUUCUUCAAGCAAAGGCAAUGAAGGAUAUUUUGCAUUCAUGAAAAGGAUUUUAUCCUAUGCAAAUCCUCUCUCCUAUCUUGGUGGUGGUGCCAGCCCAUCAAAUUCUGCACAGGAAACCCAAGGCAACAUGUGGGAAUAUGGUCCAAAUCCCGCACUGCAGAAUAAUGCCAGAGGCACAGAGAGACCUCCUACCACCGGCAGAAAUAACAGCAAAAAUAGUCAAGCUACAUCUUCCCGCUUUGGAAGCAAUAUUCACACACUAAAACACGAUGAGGAUGAUAGCCGGUUUACAGACCGAAAUGCCUUUUGGAAUGGAAACUCUACACAGUAUGGCGGGGACAACAACGAUGGGAAAUAGUAUUUGGCAGCACAGCCCUCCAACUAAUAUAGGCUCUGACCAUGUCGGUUUGAGGAGCUUUCUUCUAUGAUACCUUGCUGAGCAAAAACAACUUCUAUGGCAGCUUUGUUUUAGAAGAGCAAGAAACUAAUGAAACUUUCCUCUCUGUUUCUUUUUUUUUCUUUUUUGCAGAUGUCGACGAUUAUAUUUUAUACUAGGCCUUGUAAUAAGUUCUCCUGGAUGUGUUUCUAUUCAUGUUUGUACAUAAACUCAUAUAGAACUAUGUGUUCAAUACGGAUGUCAAUGGAAUUUCAAAGGUUCCAGUAGUCAAAUAAGGCAGUUGUAAGGGGUUCGUGGCA